AUGAGGUGAAAGUCUAACGUCAUAAUAGUUGGCAUUUUUCACGAUUGCUAAUUUGCUACCAAUCCCAAUUUCCACAUCCGUCGGAUCCUUCAAUGAAAUCUGAAACCGUCGAUAUAAUUGUUAUCUUCACCCCAUCUACUGGGUUUAGCCUUUUUUUUCGAUUUCACUAUUAACAAAGUCGCUUAUCCCCUCUUUCUUGCUCCUUCCUUGUUAUACUGGGGUGGUGAGCCACAUCCAAGCUCUUUUCCCCCCUUUUUCUCUCUCCCAAUCCCGUCUCUUUCUUCAAUUUACGUUUAUUCCCAGGUAAAUUUCAGGAAUUUGUGCAAAAAAGUGACAUUUGGGGAUGGAAAAUGGGGUGGGAGCUGUUCAUGAGCAUAAGGAUUCUGGAGGGUCUGAUAUGUUUGAGGAGGCAGUUGAGGAGGCUUUAGAUAAUGGAAAUAACGAAGUGAUACCGGAUUCAGAUGAUGUUGGUGUUCGUGGUAUUGCUAUUGGGGAGAGUGAUGCGGAUUUUGCUGCAGCUGAGGGGAGUCCGAAGCCUCUAGACGAAGUGGAGAAGAUUAAGAGUGCAGUAGAGGGGUCUAGUGAGGGGAGAGAUGACCAUGGAGAGAGUGUGGAGAUGAGGGAAGAAUCUGUGGCGGAAAACGGGCAUGAUGACUCUGUGACAAUAGAGAAUGUUGACGGUAUUGUAGCAAAUGAGGAUUCCUUUAAUGUUGAUGAGAGGGUUAACAGCCAAGAAAUCGAGCUCCCUAGUGUCAUUGGCGAUGCUGUAACAGAAGAGUCUCAAGACAAGGGGUCUAAAGUUGCACCUUUGAACAUUAAAGAGAUUGAAGCUAUUGAAGGUGACGAGGAUACUGUUGAAAAAUCUGUUGUCUUGGAGAUAUCAGAGGGUAGAGAUGUUGGGGCAAUGGGUCAAGAUGACACCGGUGCGGAUCUAGCUGAGGAUGUGAAAGAUGUGAUAACCAACUGGAAUGUUAAUCAUGUGAAUGAAGACCUGGUGAGGGAACUGGGGGAUGAUGCUUCAGCUGCCAAUUCUUCUGACAAGGAAAAGGAGAAGCCUGAAGAAAUUAAAGAAAUUUUAAGUGGGGAUCUAAACAGCAAUGACAGUGAAACUGUUUUGUCAAGCAUUAGUCCAGAACCUAAGGAGAGUGUUGGGGUUGUAUCCAAAACAGUUUUGGGCGAGACCAAUUCAGAGACUCCUGAUGGUGAUACGAAAUCUGAAAGUAGGGUUUUGCUUCCUCAACAUAAUGAUGAAAGUAGUUCUCCAGUUGAUAAUGGUGGAGCGUUGACUUCAGAGGCAGAGCCACAACAGCCUCAACGCCCUUCCCCUUCAAUUGAGGAGAGACAAAACAAUGAAACGAAGAAGGAAUCAACAGUUAAGCCUAAGUCAACAAGUUCCAAUGUUCCUCCUGCACAUCCUGCUGGACUUGGCCGUGCUGCCCCACUUCUAGAACCUGCCCCAAGGGCAGUCCAUCCACCACGGGCAAAUGGGCAAGUUUCCCAGACUCAAACACAGGUUGUUGAAGAUACCACAAAUGGGGAGGUUGAAGAAGGUGAUGAAAUCCGAGAAAAACUUCAGAUGAUAAGGGUGAAGUUCUUGCGUCUCGCUCAUAGGCUUGGGCAAACUCCUCACAAUGUUGUUGUUGCUCAAGUCUUGUACAGAUUAGGGUUAGCAGAACAACUUAGAGCAAGAACUGGGGGGCGUGUAGGUGCAUUCAGUUUUGAUCGUGCUAGUGCCAUGGCAGAGCAACUAGAGGCUGCUGGGCAAGAGCCCCUUGAUUUUACUUGUACGAUUAUGGUUCUUGGGAAGACAGGAGUUGGUAAAAGUGCAACCAUCAACUCCAUAUUUGACGAAGUGAAGUUUAGCACCGAUGCUUUUCAAAUGGGUACUACGAAGGUUCAGGAUGUUGUGGGUACUGUGCAAGGGAUCAAGGUGCGGGUCAUUGAUACUCCUGGACUCGUUUCAUCCUGCUCUGACCAGCAUAAGAAUGAGAAGAUCCUUAACUCUGUGAAACGUUUCAUUAAAAAGUCUCCUCCAGAUAUUGUGUUGUAUCUUGAUAGGCUUGAUAUGCCAAGCAGGGACUUUGGCGACAUGCCACUAUUGAGGACAAUAACCGACAUUUUUGGACCUUCAAUUUGGUUUAAUGCAAUUGUUGUUUUGACUCAUGCUGCAUCAGCUCCCCCAGAGGGUCCAAAUGGUACUCCAUCAACUUAUGACAUGUUUGUCACCCAGCGUUCACAUGCUGUACAACAAGUUAUCCGCCAAGCUGCUGGUGAUAUGAGGCUUAUGAACCCUGUUGCAUUGGUGGAGAACCAUUCUGCUUGCAGGACAAAUAGGGCUGGUCAGAGAGUUCUGCCAAAUGGUCAGGUCUGGAAGCCUCAUUUGUUGUUGCUCUCAUUUGCCUCCAAGAUAUUGGCCGAAGCAAACAUACUUUUAAAGCUGCAAGAUUCCCCACCAGGGAAACCAUUCACUCCUCGUGCACGAGCACCACCUUUGCCUUUCCUCCUCUCUUCACUUCUGCAAUCAAGGCCUCAAUUGAAACUUCCUGAAGAGCAGUUUGGUGAUGAUGAUGCUAUGGAUGAUGAUUUGUGUGAAUCGUCCGAGUCUGAUGAAGAGUCAGAAUAUGAUGAGCUGCCUCCAUUUAAGCCUUUAACCAAGGUUCAGCUGGCUAAGCUUCCUAAAACUCAGAAGAAAGCUUACUUUGACGAGCUAGAAUACAGGGAGAAGCUUUUUAUGAAAAAGCAGUUGAAGGAAGAAAAAAGAAGGCGGAAGUUUAUGAAGAAAAUGGCAGCCUCAGCCAAGGACAAGGACAAGGACAUGCCUAGUGAGUACAGUGAUAAUGUUGAAGAAGAGUCUGGUGGUGCUGCAUCACUACCUGUACCAAUGCCCGAUCUGGCAUUACCUGCUUCCUUUGACUCCGAUAAUCCUACUCAUAGAUACCGUUAUCUGGACACAUCCAAUCAAUGGCUUGUGAGGCCUGUUCUUGAUAAUCAUGGUUGGGAUCACGAUGUUGGCUACGAAGGUAUUAAUGUGGAACGUAUGUUUGUAGUCAAAGACAAGAUUCCUUUGUCCCUCUCUGGUCAGGUAUCAAAAGAUAAGAAAGAAGCUAACCUUCAGAUGGAAGUAGCCAGUUCCAUAAAGCAUGGGGAAGGAAAAGCUACAACAAUGGGUUUUGACAUGCAGAGUGUUGGGAAAGACUUGGCCUAUACAUUACGCAGUGAGACUAGAUUCUGCAACUACACACGGAAUAAGGCCACAGCAGGUCUCUCUGCUACUUUAAUGGGUGAUGUAGUAUCAGCUGGAGUGAAGAUAGAAGAUAAGUUAAUUGUUAACAAGCAAUUGAGGAUGGUGGUGAGUGGUGGUGCUAUGGCAGGUCGUGGAGAUGUUGCUUAUGGUGGAAGUUUAGAGGCCACUUUUAGGGACAAAGACUACCCUGUGGGGCGUUUCCUUUCAACUCUUGGGCUGUCUGUAAUGGAUUGGCACGGGGAACUCGCUCUAGGGUGUAAUCUUCAGUCUCAGAUCCCAAUGGGAAGGUCUACAAAUUUGAUUGCUCGUGCGAAUUUGAACAACCGUGGAUCUGGGCAAGUGAGUCUUCGUUUGAACAGCGCAGAACAGCUCCAGUUGGCUCUAAUUGGUUUCCUUCCUCUGCUCAGAAAGCUAAUGGGUCAACGUCAAGACCGUCCUCUUGGAUAUUGAUGAAAAAAACAAGUAGAUGAUACAUUCAGCACAGCAGGAUAUUAUUAAUUAGGAAGUUGGUUUUAUCUUGUCAGACAUAAUUUAGCAGAGUGAGUAACCUUUGUUGAUCCUUUUUUCUUUUGAUAGCCAUUGUAAUUCUCUUGUUAGAUAUUUGCCAUUGGAAACUCAAGUUGUUGAUCCUAGUAUUGCUUGUUAAAUUUUGGUUUCAAA